UGCGUUAAUUUGCCUUUUCUUCUACACGCAUACAUAUAAAUAAACAUUCAUUCUUUGCUGGAUUCUUCCAUUUCUGUGUGCAAAAUCUCAUCUUUUUCUCCGAUUGGAAUUACCCACCGGCGGAAUCUGAUUCCUUUUCAUCUGGGUCUCUCUGUUUCUCUCUGUUCUUCUCCGAUUGCUCUGUUUUAAUGGCGGUUCUUCCCAUUUCCAUGGAGCAAAACUGCAACUUGGAGCUUCGUCUCUCUCCUUCUACGUCUUUCUCCGACCAAGAUUCCGGCGACCACCGCCACCACCAGCCUCGUCUCCACCAGUUCUUGGAUGAUGAAUCGAGCAAAAAUUCUCAGCAGCAGAUGACUAUUUUCUACAAUGGGAGAGUUUGUGUUGCGGAUUUUACAGAGGAUCAAGCUAGAGCUAUAAUAAUGCUUGCAACAAGACAUGUAGAGGAGCGAUCGAUUAAUCGUCGCCGGAAAUUGGAACGGUCGAUGUCGCCGGAGCAGUGUAAUGGUGAAGGUGGUUCUGGUUCUGGGCUGUCCAUGAAGAGAUCUUUGCAGAGGUUUUUACAGAAAAGGAAGAAUCGGGUUCAAUCUGCUUCACCUUACAAUCAUUAGCCUUCCAUUGCUCCACUUUCUUUCUUUUUAUUGGUUUUUUCCCUUCAGAUGAUUGAAUAUGUAACGAUGUUUAGAGAUGUAAUUUGUAGAGAACUUACUUUUUUGGAGUUUCUUUAAUGAAAAAUUGGAAAAAAAAAAAUC